UUCCGAUUUGACCUGCUGAUAACCAUGGGUCUGAGCGAGACUUUCUUUGAACUGCUGCAGCGGGGAAUGUUUUUCUUAGCUGCAGGGGAGGAUCGUGCAGCUACGAAUACUUAAUUGGCGACUGUCAGCCCGGGGGAGGGGCGUUUCCUGCAGAGCUAAACUCAUUCUUCCCUUCUGCUGUACAUCUGCAAAGACCUUCACCAGACACCAGACAGAAGUAUCACAUCACAUCGUACUCACCAUGGGCCACAAGAAGAUCCGCACGGCGCUCACGGUUGAUCUUGACAAGCCCGCCUGGGAGCAGCCUGGCUUACACAACCGAUGGCAUCCAGAUGUCCCCGCAUGCGGCAAAAUCGCCAACAAUGAAGUCGUCAAGAUCGAAUGUCUCGACUGGACCGGCGGCCAGAUCAAGAACAACGAUUCCGCCGACGACGUCAAGAAUGUCGACCUCACCCAGAUCCACUACCUAUCCGGUCCCUUUGAGAUCGAAACCGCCGAGCCCGGGGACGUCUUGCUGGUGGAGAUCCAAGACGUUCAGCCCUUCGAGGAUCACCCCUGGGGGUUUACGGGGAUCUUCCACAAGAAUAAUGGAGGCGGGUUUCUGGAUGAGCUUUAUCCUAAAGCAGCAAAGGCCAUCUGGGACUUUGAGGGGAUCUUCUGCUCGUCGCGACACAUUCCCCACGUCCGCUUCGCAGGACUGAUACACCCCGGAAUCCUGGGUUGCGCGCCGUCCGCCGAGAUCCUGGCGGAGUGGAAUCGUCGGGAGGGGGAGUUGAUCGCGGCGAGCGCGGAUCUCCAGCGCGAUGUGGCGAAGCCCCCCGAGCCGAAGAAUGCGCAUGCAGGGAGUGCCGAUGAGAGUCUGAAGGAGAAGAUCGCUAAGGAGGGGGCGAGGACGAUUCCGGGCCGCCCCGAACACGGCGGCAACUGCGACAUCAAGAACCUCUCCCGCGGCUCCAAGGUCUAUCUCCCCGUGCACGUCCCCGGCGCGAAGUUCUCCGUCGGCGAUCUGCACUUCUCGCAGGGCGACGGGGAGAUCUCCUUCUGCGGCGCCAUCGAGAUGGCCGGCGUCAUCACGCUCAAGUUCACCGUGCUCAAGGGCGGGAUGGCCAAGAUGGGCAUGAAGUCCCCGAUCUUCCACCCGGGCCCCGUGGAGCCGCAAUUCGGACCGGGUCGAUACCUGACCUUUGAGGGGUUCUCGGUCGAUGAGAAUGGGAAGCAGCAUUACCUGGAUGCCACGGUGGCUUACCGCCAGACCUGCCUGCGGGUCAUCGAGUAUUUGCGUCGGUAUGGGUAUGAUGAUUACCAGAUCUAUCUGCUGCUGAGCUGCGCGCCGGUGCAGGGACAUAUCGCCGGGCUGGUGGAUAUCCCCAACGCGUGCACGACGCUGGGGGUGCCCAUGGAUAUCUUUGACUUUGACAUUCGGCCGGAGGGGGAUGUGGUGCAGUUGGAUAUGGGGAGCUGUGCGUUUACAAGUGAGUAGGGUAGAUGCAGUGGUUUAUCUGUCAAGAAUUGAG